AUUCAUAUUUCGGGGUUAAAACGUACGUACGGGAUCCAGAACGGAUAUCACCCACCCGACAGUUCACUGUUCGGUUGGUACGUAAUCCACAUGACUCAUAGGGUGGAUUAUCGAUUCUUGUGUUCUGCAUUAAACUAUUUAUAGUUUAAGGGCCUGGUUAGAAAUAUUGCCUUAGACUAGGGAUAGCUAAGAGCUUGUAUAAAAAUGAUUUGGCCUUAGAUUAAGAAUAAUUUAAGAGCACUGAUGAAAUAUUUAAUAUUGAAUAUAUCAUGAAAUGACUUAAAAUAAAAUAUUGUGAAUAUCAUGAAUAAUGUAUGCUUGAAAUAUGUAUUGUGUGCAUGAUAUCAAAUGGUUAAUUAUGAAUUGAGAUUCAAUUUAUAUGGAUGUUCGAUGCAUUAGAUAUGCUUACUCAGCUUCAACGCUGAGCGUGUAGUAUGUUUUAUUUGCUACACGCAGGUAAACAGAAAGAUUAAUGUGAUCCUGGCGGCAGAUGGGGCGAGAUUGUCGGGAUGGAUGUGACAAGUUUUGAAAUGAUUAAUGAUAUGUCAAUAUUAAAUUCGCUUCCGCAAUAUUGUUAAAUACUCCGUACUGUAUAUGUUAUGAAAAAUAUUAUUGAGAUUAAUAAAGUGUGUUUGAAAAGUUUUAAAUUUUACGAUUACCAAGUUAAAUACUUUAGUCCGAAUGGGGCUGCAGACCUGGACGGAUUAGGGUGUUACAGGUGAGUUGUCAUUUUCUUAGCUCGGGGUGGAGGGUUAAAACUCUAAGGAGCUAAGGUAGUGGAGGUGAUCUUGACGGGAUUGUUGAGAUGGAGCCACGGGUACAAUGAUAACUGGAAAUGGUGAGGACCUUGUCGUAUUGAGCAAGGUGAGGCCAUGACCAUGAGUCAACACAUGGUGGCGGAGAGCUUGUGGUAUUGAGCAAGAUAGGGCAUGAAAAUUUUUUCAAGGUGGUAGUGAUCUUGGUGGUUGGACCAAGGUGGAGCCACGAGGAUUUUUUUUCUUCUUUAAGGUUGGCAGCGGUGAUCUCGGUGGAGCAGACUAAGAUGGCGCCAAGGAUAAUUUUUUUCGGAGUAGCGGUGAUCUUACCGGAGAAGUGAGGUGGAGCUACAAAGUUUUUUUUAAUUAUUUAAUCAAGGUGGAGUUUGUUGGAAAAUUGAUUAAUAAUCAAAAGAAAAGAAAAAAAUAAGGAAGAGGACAAAGAAGAACAAGGAAAUAAAAGAAAGGAACAUGCAUACGCACUAAUGCAUGUGGGAGGAUGUGUUCUCUCUUGUCUCUUAGUGAUGCAUGUGAUGUGUGGAGAUUUUUGGCUAUAAAGGAGUUCACAUUGCCUAGCUAUGUGUGUGUGGGUUUUACACACCACCAAGGUAGAGAGAGAGAGAAACAUGGGAGGAAUUCUACACAAGAAUACCACCGAGAAAAUCCAAGGGGUCUUGGUGACUGUGGGUGAGUGUAGGGAGUAACUGGUUUUAGUUACUCAAAGAAAUACAUCCGGGCAUAGAAUGUGGAAAGAUCUGUUUAUGAGUGUCUGGAAUUUAGCCUUGUAAACAGGGGAGAGUUUUUUGUAUAUUGUCCUGAAAUAGUGGAAAUAUAAUUUUUUUUCUCUCAUAUAUUCUUCUUGUGUUUGUUCUCUCAUUUUUCUGGUGUUCUCAAUAUUUUUCGGGCAUGAGAGAACUCGCCUUAUAUAUAACCUCCGAAAACUUUGUUUUUGGUCGGUUGUGAUUUAGAUAUACAAAUUGUUGAUGACGAAUAAGAAACACUGAACCAUUAGACGUGCCGGAAUAAUUGACCGGAGGAGCUGCCGGAAAUGCCGACUUCUCCAUCGGGAAACCACGGCUCUCCGAUGCGUUUUGUGUCGUUUCGCCGGCCGAUCAUCACUCUAAGUGGCGGCGACCCAGUCCACACGCUGCUACUGGAGCACCACCACAAGUCGCCGCCGGUGCCGGCGUACCCGGAGAUCGAAUCGUUCCAGUCUCAGGUCUCCACUCUGUUCCACGACCUCUCCCUCGCCACUCCGAAAGAAUUCCUAUCCAUUUCCUGGAUCCGGAAACUGCUCGCCGUGUUUUCCGCUUGCCACGAGGAUUUCAGAUCCAUCGUGUCGAGCAAGAAGAAGAAGAACGCGUCAAUGGCGGCGCCGUCGAAACAGAGGAUCCUAACAGAGUAUUUCGACAGGACGAUCAAAGCUUUAGACAUGUUGAACGCCGCCCGGGACGGGCUGGAGAAGAUCAACGCGUGGCAGAGGCACCUGGAAAUCGUGAUCUGCGCAUUGGGCGGCGGCAGAACGGCCGUCGUCGGAGAAGGAAAUCUCCGGCGGGCGAGAAAGGCGCUGGUGGACUUGGCACUCGAGGAUCAUAAGGAUGACUCAGCCGGCGGCGGGGUGUUUUCCAACCGGAGCCUGUCAUUCAAACGACGCGCCGCCGCGUCCAAGGACCAGAACCGCCCUCCCCUGGCCCACACGAGGUCUCUGUCGUGGAGCGUUUCAAACUCCUGGUCCGCAUCCAAACAGCUCCAGCUACUCGCCAACGCCGUGCAAUCCCCGCCGCGAGCGGCGGAUGUCGCCGCCACGGACGGCCUAGCGACCCUCCUCCACACAAUGAGCUUCAUCCUGGUUUUCGUCCUGUGGGCCCUCGCCGCCGUCGUCCCCUGUCAGGACCGUGGGACCCACACGGCCAUCGUCGUCCCCCGGCAAAGCUGGAGCAGCCCAUUCCACAUAUUACAGGCCAGGAUAACGGAGGAGUCUAAACGGCGGCGCCGGAACUCGAACGGGUUGUUGAAGGAGAUAUGUCGGAUGGAAGAGGGGGUGAGUCACUUGACCGAGUUCGUCGAGUCGGCUCAGCUCCCAUUGUCUGAAGAACACAAGGAUGAACUAAGGGGAUGGAUUCACGAGUUAAUGUCCGUCUCGGAUGUGUGUAAAAUUGAGCUUAAACCUCUCGAACGGGAUAUCCGAGAUGCGUUCAGAAAGAUAGUAAGUUGUCGCAUCGAAGGUCUCGAAUUUCAAGAAAACAAGACUUAGUGAAACUUGGAAUUCAUUUUAAAAAGUCAAUCUCAUAAGAGAAAUGGGAGGAAAACUUACUACCACAAAUUUACUAUUUCAUUAUCAAUAUGUAUUGUGUACAAUUACAAAAAAAAAAAAAGGAAACAAAUUUAACCACAUAAAGGGAGGGGAAAAAGGUGUGUCCAUAUUGUGUGGUUAUGUUUCGUUAUUUCCUAAGUAAAAUUUAAUGCAAAAAAUCUGAUACAUUUGCCUGUGUUGUUUGCAUGAUUAUAAUUAUAAUUAAAAUAAAGUAUAUUGUGAAGAAUUGUUUUUUUUUUCAUCUUAAAAUGUAAAGGAAUACUCGAUCAGUACCCUAGAAUUUUGGAAAACUGACUCUGGAGGGACUUUCCAUCCCUCCCUCCGUUAAACCAAUUUUCCGUCACUCACAGGACGGAAGGAAUACUAUUUCUCUACGGUCUCCGUAGAUGUCAACAACACAAUUUCAUAUUUCUUGAACUUCGUGCAGACAACCCCAAAAUACGGGUUUUAAUUCAGUCUCUACACAACACAUUCACAAAUUCACAAAAAAAAAAAGAAGAAAUAAUUUAUGUAGGGGGGCCAAGAUCACCAACCAAUCUUCCCUGCCAUCCCAAUGGUGUGGAAGGUCUUCUGCAGACAAACUAGUCACUCUACUGGCAUUCGUGUUAAUCUUCAUAUGUUCUAACGAUAUAUAGAUAGUCUAAAACAUCGGGUUUGUGCCCUAACCGUUUAUGCAGAAAGAUUGAGCCGUAGAGCCGAUACCUGUUCUUGAAUUUGUGCCCACGCAAGCAGUCAUUAACCCAACCAGUCUCUGUUGUGGAACGGACUCUCCGAAGAUGUCGUGGUGGUCUACGCUUCUCUUCAACUGGAAUCAGAUUCUCCAUUAGCUGCGUUUACAUUUUUAAAAAAAAUAUAUUAGAGAAUAGCUGGCAGAUAAAAAUGAAGCCUGCUAGUCAAAAGGAAGGAGAUCUGGAUCACACUCAAAGAGUCUGAGCUGAGCAAAUAGGGAGCAGUUUUGGCAAGGUUAAUUUGUUUGAAACGAAUGAAUCUAGCAAGAUUUU